AUGUCUGAAUAUAUUACUGGUCUCUUCGCUAAUUCCCCGCUGCUUACCUACACACCUCCAGUUGGGUUCGAUGCCUCCACGGGUUGGGUCAACAAGCCCUUCGUCGACGAGGAGCCACAAUACGUAACUUCCGCACCCAAGGCGUCCGUCUCCUUUGACUUCUGUGGCGACCAAUUUGAACUGUCAGGUUUCCUAACUCCCGCCAUAUCUGACAACACGCCUCCCUGCGACUUCAACGUCACCAUCAAUGGGGUGCUUCAGCAUCAGAACGAUUUCUACAGCCCCUACAAUGACCUGCCGUUGGAUCAUUAUCAUGUGGAACUCACGUUCUUCUGUCCCCAUCAGGGUCAGCAAGCCUCGUUUGCUGGACCAGCUCUUGUCGAGACCCAAGGGACCGUAUUUAUGAGUCAAGCAAACCCGUAUUUGGACACUUCUCAGAUCUACACGCUCGGCCCUUGGACCGAGAAACCAGUAUAUCAGAAUUAUUUCGCUAUGACCUUCCCUCAAUACACAACUACAGACUUGGGCUCAACACUCGCCUAUAGGUUUAAAGGCGUGCACACACAGGUGUUUGGCAUCGUAGGUCCUAACUGCGGGGAAUAUGUUGUUACCCUCGAUGGCCAGCUGCAGCCGCCUCAUAACCUUUACAACCCGGUCGGGGGCGAUGUAACCGUCAUCUUCUUUGCUCAGGAGCUCGAUAAUGACAAGACGCAUACGGUUACUCUGACCAACCUUGGGAAAAACAUGACGAUUCAAGCCAUCCAGUAUACGAAGCUUUUCCCGUACACGGGUGGCAAAUGA